UCGAAGAACCAUCACCGCUCAGUCGUACGAAGACAUUUGUAUCGCAAUGUUCGAAGCUACUCCUGAAGGUGCUCUUGAAUUUACCAAAUUUUGCAUCAGCUUGCUAUUCAUUUGGCCACCUUGGCCCGAAGCUGGCGUCGCCGCCAAAACUCUGUUCAACAUAUUUUCUUGGUCAUCUGUCAUCUUCCCGACACUUCUCGGAAUCGCAUUGUUCAACGGCGCUUAUGACCAAAGGGACGAUUUUCUUUCUUUGACUAAAAGCGCUUGCGUGGCUUUAGCAUGCGUUCAGCUGGUCAUAAAAAUCAUAGUUUGCAGAGUACAUCGGCCACGAAUCGAGGUCAUACACUGCCGGAUGAGAGAUUUCGUUGAAAAAGCAACACCCCGAGAGAGGGCGCUCCUCCAACGUUACGUAGAUCGAUGCGCUCCUCUGCACUUCUUGUGCUGCCUCUUUGCACUGAUAGCGGGUAUCGCAAUGAUUGCUGGUCCUCUUGUACUUCCCAUAGACUUACCGACCGACGCUAAGUAUCCAUUCCCCGUUGAUACCCAUCCAGGCUAUGAUAUCGCUUACAUUCAUUUCAUUAUCGCCGGAAUGCAAUGCGCCUCGAUAACUCCGAUCGAGUGUUACGCUGCUCUUCUCAUCUGGUUCGCUGGUGCGCGUUUCGAGUUGUUGGGCGAAGAAUUUCAGAAUGUCAUGUCCAGCGAUGAGUUCAACGAGUGCAUAAAGAAACACCAGAUCUUACUGAAGAACACCGAAGAAAUGAUAAAAAUCGUACGCUUAAUUAUCGUCACCUCUACGUUGAUGGCCGGUCUCUCCAUUGUCACUGGUGCCAUCCACGUAAUCAGCCACGAGCCAAUGGCGAUCAAGGCCCAAUUCAUCAUAAUCGAUGGUGACUUUGCCUUGGUACUUUUCAUCAGUGCCUGGCCGGCUGAAAACCUCAUUAACGUCUCGAAUGGAAUUGGCCAAGGUGCUUACAGCUGUCCCUGGAUUCAGAACUCCCCCGAAAUGCGCAAAAACGUUCUGUUCGUUAUGCAAAGAUCUCACAUACAGUGUGCCAUAUCGGUUCCUGGUAUAUUACCAGAACACUCUUUACGAUACUAUACAGCAUUCUUGUCCAAAACGUUCUCCUUUUUCACAACUUUGCGCGUCGUUUUUGACGACGAAGAAAGUGAUACGUAGUGCAAUGAAAACGGUCUUUUACGUUUCGUCACAUCCGGCAAAAGGGAAGAGAAUGAAAAUUUUACGUAUUUCUUGCAGUUCUCCGCUUGGGGAUAGUCCCACGAUAGAAUCAAUUUUAGUAUUGUAAUCGUUAACCAGAACAAAUAAACAUGGUAGGAAA